AUGGCCGCGCUCACUCAGACGCGAAGCCAUAGUGGCCACAAACAUAGCCAUACUCACCACCACGAUAAUGUUUACUUAACUUCUCAAAAUAAGAAUGAUGCUGGAGUGCGCAUUACUCGAAUUGGUCUCUAUUCCAACCUUGGUAUGGCAAUUGCGAAAGGAGUUGGUGGUUAUGUAUUCAAUUCCAAAGCUAUGGUAGCAGAUGCAGUUCACAGCUUGACUGAUCUCGCCUCCGACAUCUUAACACUAGCGACCAUCUCAUGGAGUUUAAAACCACCAACCGACAAAUUUCCAGCUGGCUUUGGAAAAAUUGAGAGUCUGGGAUCAUUGGGCGUAUCGAGCAUGCUUCUAUUUGGGGGUAUCUGGAUGGGUUAUGGUAGUCUCCUAACACUUUACGGACAUUUCUUCCUCGAUCCUGCAGCAGCAGCGGAUUUAUUGACACAUGCUCACUCACACGGCCACGGCCACGAUCAUGGCGGUGAUGCCAUUCCAAGCAUCCACGCUGUUUGGUUAGCUGCCGGCACAGUUGCCAUCAAAGAAUGGCUGUAUCAUGCUACCAUGAAAGUUGCCCGCGAGCGCAAAUCCUCCGUUCUUUCGUCGAAUGCGAUCCACCACCGAGUUGACAGUCUUACGGGCAUUGUAACCCUCGGAGUGAUCCUGGGUGCCAAUAUUUUCACGAACGCGGGCUGGUUAGAUCCUGUUGGUAGUUUACUCAUCUCCUUAAUGGUAGUGAAGGCUGGGGCCGAGAACACAGUGUCGUCCCUUUUCGAACUCGCAGACCGAAGCAUUGAAGACGAAGUCAAGGUCUCAGUGCAGAAGCAGGCUCGAGCUGCUUUCGAGACAAUAAUAAAUGGAUCAGAGAUCGAGCUUAGGGAUGUCACAGGUGUCAAAUCAGGGCAAAACUAUCUGGUGGAUCUCGAGGUAGCUGUGCCGAGAGGGUGGGCCAUCGAAACACUUGGCAAUGCUGAACAGCAAAUCCGAGAACGUGUUGGUGGCAAGGUUCGUGGUGUUCGCCGAGUGCGCGUCCGUUUCGUAUCACAGGACGUCACUGUAGAGAAGUUCGACGAAUUUAUCCCUGGUGAUGUCAGCCCUCGAUCGAGCCCUGAGCCUGAGGAAGACGAGAACAAUCACAACCACAACCACAAUCAUAACCACCAUAACGGCAAUGGGGAUCAUAAAUCGAAAUGA